GAGACAAGAGAGGGAGGAUGGCGCUGGUCCUGCUGCGCUUGCUGCUGUUGCUCAUAACCGGGGAUCUGGCAGCUUCUUUGAAUGCUCAAUCAGGAGACUCUUCAGAAUAUACAAACCCAAACUGUGAUCAGUAUAAACUACCAGGCUGCCCCAGGGACUUCAGCCCUGUGUGUGGGAGCGACAUGGCCACUUAUCCCAACGAGUGUACGCUGUGCAUGAAAAUCAGGGAAGAAGGUCAUGAUAUUAAAAUCAUUCGAAGUGGACCAUGCUGAUGGAACAAAUUAUAGCAGAGGAGCUGAAGGAGCUGAAGCAGUCACCUUCAACCACACAUGAGAUAAAUUUCAUUUUCCUUUUUCCUGUGUUUCUUUGCAUGAGAUUUGCUAGCCACAUUUUCCAAGAGGUGUGGAAGAAGCCAUGUACAAUGAUUGGUAAUUUCAAAAAAACAAAAAAGCUUGUGUUUUGGCUUUUGCCCCUUGAUUUGAUCUUG